AUGGACAAACAGAUGUCUUCCGUUGAUGUUACAUGCCCUCAGAUAUCCGACGAGGAAUUGGACCAUCUGGAGGAUGCUUUUGACCUGCUUGAUUUUUGGGAUGGACGAGACGGUCUGAUAGACGCAGCUAAAGUGGGUGACCUCCUCCGAUGUGUGGGCUUCAAUCCUACCAACAGAACCGUUCACCAAGUUGGUGGAGCCUCUGAGAUGGGCGAAGGUCAUUACAACUUCGAUGACAUCCUGACCAUUUACAACAACACCAAAGCUCGGACGAAUCACCAUGGAGACGCCGAGAAUGGCGAUAUCAGGGAGGCCUUCAGGAGUUUUGAUCGAGAGGGGCGUGGCUUCAUAUCCAUGGCCGAACUCCGACUGAUGCUGACCUCACGCGGUGAAAAACUGACAGACCAAGAAGUGGAUGAAAUACUGAAAUACACAGACGUUAAAGAAGACAUGCACGGCGCUGUUCGCUACGAAGAUUUUGUCAGCAAGGUCAUAGAAGGUCCUGCUGACUGGAGACUGACGUCAUCAUCAUGA